CGACGCCAACAAGGUUGUGGGUUAUUUCUUCUUCCCCCCAUCGCACAAAUUCACAUCUCCGCUGCAUCUGGCCUGCUGUGGGCUGCACCGCAGCAGGACCUCCUGCAUCUUCCUCUCCUCUUGCCCAGCAGAAAUGGCAAGGCGUAGAAGAAACCGCAUUAUUCAAAGCCAAGAUGAAUAUUUGUCAGAGGAGCAGAUUGAGCAAGAGAGAUCCCCUGGACAAGAUGUUGCUUCAUCUGAACUUCAACUUGCUACUGGAGGAAGCCUGACUGAGAGUGAUGAUGUUGAAGUUAAUGUUCAAGAUGACAAUGGAGAAAGAACAAAGCGUGGGAGGACAAAACUGAAAGAUAUUUGGAGCCUUCCGAAAGGUCUCAGAAUUGUUGUUGCAUGUAAUGAUCUUGAUCAGCCAAUUGGUGAUGAGGCUGGAGUUCUAGGUAAAUUUCUUGGCAUGGUCGCUAGGAACGGGUGCUUGUGUAGCUUGAGCUACAGGGAUUGGAGACUACUGAUAGGAAAGAGAGAAAGAAAUACCAAUGAAAAAAAAAAGAUGGAUAUAAUUAAGCAAGUGAAGAUGAGAUUCCUUUACCCUUCUCGCAUGGAAAAAUGGAUAUUACGAACUAUUGGGGAGAGAUGGAGGCAACAUAAGUCAAAUCUAAAGUCACUCUAUUUCGAUGUGAACAAGAGCAUGGAAAUUAAUUGCAGCAAUGUUCCAGAAGGUGUGAUCGGUGAUCAGUGGAUUGCACUUGUCAAUAAUUGGAUGACACCGAAAACAAAGGAGAUAAGUGAAACAAACAGGACAAAUCGUACAAAGAAGAAGUCAACGCAUACAGCUGGAACAAAGAGUUUUGCUCGAAUAGAGAAGAAUUGGUAA